AAAUCGCACGUAAUUAUUAUAGCAAAGCAUUAGAAAUUUAUCAGAAUGUUUCAAAAACAUGUAAAUGUAAUCAUCAUGAUGAUAAAAUUGCACAAAUAUAUGAAAAUAUCGGUCUUACAUAUAGAGAUGAUGGAAAUUAUAUACAAACAAUUGUAUAUUUUCAAGAAAGUGAAAAAUUACGAAAAAAAUAUGUUACAUUAUGGAAAGAACGUAAAGCAUAUACACAAUGUUUAAUUAUAAUACAAGGUUGUUAUAUUAGAAUAAAAGAUAAGAUAGGAAUGAAUAUAUAUGAAAAGAAAGUAACUGAAUUUAUGGAAAAUAAUUUAUUCUUUGAAACUUCUUCAGAAGAACAAAAAUUUUAUUUAGAUAGAAAAACUAAAGAGAAUAUUUCCGAGAAUUUAUUAAUAUAUGAAUUAAAAUUAUUAAAAUUAUUGGAAAAAAAUCAACCAUUUAAUUAUGAGAAAAUUAUUGAACAACAUCUUAAUAUUGGAAAGAUUUAUACUAAAACAAAAGAUUAUAAAUGGGCACGUGAACAUUAUGAUAAAACUUACAAAAUAUGUGAAACAAAAAUAAAUUCAAAAGAAAAACAAGCACAAUAUUUAUUUGAUAUUGGUCAUCGAUUAUUAAUUGAUGAUAAAGGUUAUGCUUUUAAAUUUGUUAAUAAAGCAUUAGAAAUUCGAUUAUUAAUUUUAAAAAAUGAUGAUAUUAACAUUGGUUUUUCUCAUUAUGCUAUGGUUGCAUGUUAUGAAACUAUGAAUAUGUUCGAUAUGGCUAUUGAACAUUUACAAAAAGCAGCUAAUAUAUUUGAAAAAUAUAUCAAUGAUGAACAAGAAUAUCAAUUCAAUGUAAAAGAAUUAUAUACAGAUUGUUAUUAUUACAGUGGUUUCAAUUAUGAAAAGAAACAUGAAUCUGAUAAAGCAAUAGAAUAUAUACUUAUGGCAGCAAAUCUUAAGGAACGUUUCUUUCAUAAUACACCAAUUCAUUACUGUACUCUAGCUAAAUGUUAUAGAUUUAUUGCAACAAAAUAUGAUCAAAUGUCUAAUUAUAAUGAAGCUAUAAUAUUUUAUAAUAAAUAUCUUGAAAAAAUGGAUAAACAUCUUGAAGAUGAAUUUCUAUCAUUAGAACUACACAAUCAUUCUAAUGAAAUACUUCGAGCACUUUUCUCACUUGGUACUAUAUAUACUAAUAAGAAGGAUUAUAAUCAAAGUAUUUAUUAUUAUGAAAAAUUUAUUCAAUCUGCACCAAUUGAUCAUAAUAAUCUUCCGUUAUGUUAUGUUCUUAUAGGACAAUGUCAUAUGGAUCAAAAAUAUUACGAAAAAGCAAUUGAAAAUUUCAAAAAAGCAAUAGUUCAUCUGGAAAAUAUAUCGCUAAAUAAACAAAACCUUUAUGCAGGAUCUAUGAUGUAUAUGGGUAUAGGAUAUUCAGAACUUGGUAAAAAUUAUUUUGAUAAUGCAAUUGAUUAUACAUUAAAAGCAAUCAAAAUUUAUGAACAAGAUAGUAGAGAAAAUAAAACUGAACUUGCAUUGUGUUAUCUAAUUUAUGGUGAUAUUCUGUUUAAAAAAGGUCAAUAUGUUGAAUCAAUUGAAAUUGCAAAUCAAUCAUUAACUUUUCAAGUAGAAACGAAAUUAAAUGUUGCAUUGACAUAUCUUCUCUUAGGUUGUUGUUAUUAUGAAAAAGAUGAUUAUCAAACUGCUUUUAAACAUACGAAAUCAUCCAUGGAAAUCUAUAAAGAAUAUUGUCCAGAGUUCAAUGAUGAACAUAGCGCAAAUAUUUAUGGUGUUAUUGCUAAAUGUUGUUUUCGAUUAAAUAACUUUGAUGAAGCAUUAUCAUAUGCAUUGAAGUUACAGGAAAUUUUGAACAAACUCUCUUCAAAAUUAAAUAUAAAGAAAGCAGGUAGUUUGAUUGUAUUAGCAUUGAUCUAUUCAAAACAAUAUCAAUACGAAAAAUCUAUGGAAUAUCGUAAGAGAGCAUUGGAUAUAUGUAAACAGUUGAUUAUAGAUGGAGAAAAUAUAAAUGGUAUUGGAAGUAUUUUUGAAGAUAAUGGUGAACUAUAUAUAAAUGAAAAUAAGUUAAAAAAAGCAAGAAAAUAUUAUAAAAAAGCUUUAAAAUACUUUAAACAAGAUCUUAUUGAAGAUCAUCCAAAAAUUCAACGUAUUCAAUCUGUCAUCGAUCAAUUAUCCCAACAGUAUUGCCUCUUAUAG